AUGACGACCCCGGCCACUCCGGUCCCCAAGCUCGACCGCUAUGUCGUCAUCCACGUUGCGACAACAUGCGAUGAGCACGGUGUCUAUGUCACCAAAGAUUCUGCAGAAGUAAUUGAAUUGGGCUGGAUCUUGCUCGAUAGUAAGACUUGUGACGAGAUCUACCGCGAAAGUGUCCUUGUCAAACCCGUGAACACUCCCAUCACUCCUCUUUGCACCAGCCUCACCACUCUGACCUGGGAACAUGUCCGCAAUGCCGGGUCCUUCCGCGAUGCAGUGACUCGGUUCGACCAUUUCGCUCAGGAGCAUCUCACUUCCAAGAAUCUGGAGUUUUCCUUUGUCACACUGGAUUCCUGGGACUUGCGCGUCCAGUUGCCCCGAGAAGCUCGCGACAAGGCAGUCGUCCUACCGGCUUACCUGCAACAUUCCCGAACCUUUGACUUGCGCUCAGAGUAUGCCCGAUGGCAGCAACACCAUCCAGAGUCCCUGCCGUUCGGCCCCAGCUCCCUGGCCAACAUCUGUGCUGCCCUAGAGGUGGAACCUGUGCAAUCGUCGGCUCCAAUCAAGCACAAUCUACCCUUCCACCUGCAGGCGUUGGCGCCUGCCUCCCCCCGUCGUGCCAUGGAAGAGGCCGUCACGCUCGCCAGGGUGUUGCGAGGCCUCAUUCGGAAGUCUCAGCCCGCUCACGAGCAUCCCGACGUCUUGACCCGCCCAAUGGAUGCUAGAGCCGAUGUAAAUGCGUUUUUGAAGGAACGGAGUAAAGUACUCCACAUGAACGGUUUGCCACACGACACGACCCAGUCUGAACUCGAAAGCUGGUUUACCCAGUUCGGGGGGAGGCCCAUCGCUUUCUGGACCCUUCGGACGCCCGAUCAGCACAAGCCUACAGGUUCAGGUUUCGCCGUGUUUUCUUCCCAUGAAGAGGCAGCGGAAAGUCUCUGCAUGAACGGUCGUGCCCUCAAUGAGAAGGCCAUCGAGGUCUCGCCUUCUUCAAGCCGAGUCCUCGAUCGUGCUGCGGAGAUCCUGACGCCUUUCCCUCCAAGCAAGAACCGUCCCCGACCGGGUGACUGGAAUUGUCCCUCGUGUGGCUUCUCGAACUUCCAACGCCGCACAGCCUGCUUCCGAUGCUCAUUCCCAGCUGGAGGCGCCCCUGGUGUCGACCCAUAUUACAACUCGUAUCCUGGAUACGGACCUCCCCACAUGAUGGGCCAUCAUCACCACAUGGGACACCAUGGACACGGACAUCACGGACGAGGUGGAGCUGGCAUUGUUCCUUUCAGAGCUGGUGACUGGAGAUGCGGUGCUGAGGGGUGCCAAUACCACAACUUUGCGAAGAACGUUAACUGCCUGCGCUGUGGUGCUCCCCGCGCUGGUGCCGCAGUUGUGGUCGAUUCGGCUUACCCGUCCCCGAUGGCACCACCAUCAGAGUAUGGCAUGGGGCCAGGUUCAAUGGCCAGUACCCCCGGACCUGCUCCUUACGGGCCUGGUGCUGCCGCAUUCGGCUCUGGCGCCGCUUUCGGUCAACCACCGCCACAUCAGUACGGCGUGCCCUCUGGCAUGGGUGGCCCACCGACGGCUCCAUUCCCUCAGAUGGGCAGCAUGACUCCUGGAUAUGCACCGAGCAACAUGUCUCAUUCCUCAUUCGGCCCUGCUGCCCAAGCUGCUUUCAGUGGAGCGGCCGACACGAAUGCGCCUGGUAACGUCCCACACAAUGGCUUCUACAGCAAUGGACCAAGCGCGGACCCGUUCGCUUUUCUCUCGACUGGCAUGGAGAACAUGGGCCUUGGUACUGAAGACUCACAACACUCUCGCCGCAAUGGUGGCCCUCAGAGUGCGAAGAGCCCGGCCUAA